AUGAAACUCAAGAAGACUCUGAAUACUUUCAACGAUCGCCUUCAGCUUCUACAAAAGCCUGGCUAUGUUGCAAGCUCCUGCAAUUUCAAAUUUGAGCUCAACCCAACCGACCGACUACUGGCAGAUGAUGAAGCCAAAGUCGAAAAGUUACAUGAUGAAGUCAACAUUGCCCGUGUUUUAUUUCAAGGCCAAAUGCAAGCCCAAAUCAUCGCACUUGUCAAACUUGAAAUCGCUUCUGUCCAAAAUGCAAUUCGGAAAUCGGUGGCCAAAAGCAUUGUAGACAUCACAACUACACUUGCUUUGCUCGAUCCAACUCUGGAAGAGGGACACAACAGUGAUAUCUUCCAAUUUGUACUUGAUACGGAUACAGCUGAUUUACCUUCCCUCCUUCAACAUUCUGAAUUUCAGACCAAGCACAAACUCUACGAUCUCAUCCACACUUUUGCCCAGGAACAAGCAACCGCAACCACCCCUACUGAUGCUUAUCGUCCUACCGAAGAUCGCACCUAUGCAGUUGACGAUACAUCGCCAACUGUUAUUUUGUUCCUGCAAAUUUCCCAAGCUGUUUUUGUUACCAGCUGGGAUACUUAUCUGAAGCAAAUCGCUCUCCUUGAAAACACAAAGAAAGUGAAGGCCUAUCUCUCUGCUUCUACUGCUGAAAAAGCAACACAGGAUACAGCAAUGGCACUUGCUGACCUUGAUCUCAAUGACCCUGUCACAGUCAAAAAUGUCAUUGAUAAAAGUGUUGCUUGUUGGGAUAUGACGAAAUAUGAGUUUUUACGUUCCAAAAGAAACUAUUCAAGUACGAGGUUUUCGACACGUGCGAUCGGACUUUGA